GUACCGUGCGCCGCCGCCGCCGCCGCCGCUCUGCGUCCCCCGGCCCGGCCGCUCUGCUCGCGGCCGCCAUGGGCUCUCUGCUCAGCCGGCGCAUCGCGGGUGUGGAGGACAUCGACAUCCAGGCCAACUCGGCCUACCGAUACCCGCCCAAGUCCGGAAACUACUUUGCGAGUCACUUCUUUAUGGGAGGUGAGAAGUUUGACACCCCUCACCCUGAGGGCUACCUUUUUGGCGAGAACAUGGAUCUAAACUUCCUCGGGAACAGACCUGUUCAGUUUCCUUAUGUCACUCCAGCGCCACAUGAACCAGUGAAGACGCUGAGAAGUUUGGUGAAUAUCCGCAAAGACUCUCUCCGACUUGUGAGGUAUAAAGAUGAUGUUGACAGUCCUACUGAGGAGAAUGGAAAGCAGAAAGUCCUGUACAGCCUGGAGUUCACAUUUGACGCAGAUGCUCGUGUUGCCAUCACUAUCUACUGCCAGGCUACAGAGGAGUUUGUUGGUGGCAUGGCAGUAUACAGCACAAAGAAUCCCUCUCUGCAGUCGGAGACGGUUCAUUACAAGAGGGGGGUAAGCCAGCAAUUCUCUUUGCCUUCCUUCAAGAUAGAUUUCUCAGACUGGAAGGAUGAUGAGCUGAACUUUGACUUGGAUCAUGGCGUGUUCCCUGUGGUUAUCCGAGCAGUGGUGGAUGAAGGAGAUGUGGUGGUUGAGGUGACAGGUCAUGCCCAUGUUCUUCUGGCUGCAUUUGAAAAGCAUGUUGAUGGCAGCUUUUCCGUGAAGCCAUUGAAACAGAAGCAAAUUGUUGACCGGGUGAGCUAUCUGCUUCAGGAGAUCUAUGGCAUCGAGAACAAAAACAACCAAGAGACCAAGCCUUCAGAUGAUGAGAACAGCGACAACAGCAACGAGUGUGUGGUUUGCCUGUCUGACCUCCGGGACACCCUCAUUCUGCCCUGUAGACACCUCUGUCUGUGCAAUUCCUGUGCUGACACCCUGCGAUACCAGGCCAACAACUGCCCCAUCUGCAGGCUCCCUUUCCGUGCCCUGCUGCAGAUCCGGGCUGUGAGGAAGAAGCCGGGGGCUCUGUCACCAGUGUCAUUCAGCCCUGUCUUGGCACAGAACGUUGACCACGACGAACACUCUAGCUCUGACAACAUCCCUCCAGGCUAUGAGCCCAUUUCCCUGCUGGAAGCACUGAACGGCCUUCGCUCUGUUUCCCCCACCAUCCCAUCAGCCCCUCUGUAUGAAGAAAUCAACUACUCCGGUGUGGUGGAUGGGAUGCCCCCUGCGAGCCGACCACUUGUGGGCAUGGACAGAGCUGUGGAGAGCAGCCACCAAAAGGGCAAGAGGAGCAAGUCUCCAGAUAGCACACUACGGUCUCCCUCAUCCCCCAUCCACGAGGAGGACGAAGAGAAGCUCUCGGAGGACUCUGACUCACCGCCAGCACUGAGCGGGGCUGAGCUGGCCCUGAGGGAGAGCAGCUCUCCAGAAAGUGUGGCCGGGGAAGAGAUCGAGGAUGCCUUGUCCCUGCAGCAGGGCAGCCGCCCGCCCUCGCUGGAGGACGUGCUGCAGGACGGGAGCUGCGGCGAGCACAGGAGCCUGACACAGUCGGAGAACGACCCUCCCGUUGAUGUCUACCUGCCAGCACUGGGUCCUGAUUCCUGCUCUAUUGGUAUAGAGGAGUAAGCUGGCUCAUCAGACUUCACCAAGGUGCUCCCUGGCCGCAGCACCGGCAGCCCCACGCAGCCCCUUCUCUUUGAGCAGACGUGUCUUCACCUGGAGGAUGAGCAGAACCUCUCGUGAGCGGGGCCCGACCUCCCUGCCCCGGCCGAUGCACCCCCCCCCCGGACCCUACGUACUGCCUCUCCCCCCUCCCCAGCGGGGCUGGCCUGUCCUCACCGCCCCAGGGACCCACCGUUCCGGCUGUUCUGUAACAGACAUGCAUGUAUCCCACUGGCAGCGGCAACGGAUGGGGCGGUGGGUAGGGCUGGCGGCAUGGUUUUACAUGG